AUGUUUGGUGUCGGUUUUUUGCUUCAUGAGGACAAGGAUUCAUUUCAGUGGUUGUUGGAUGAAUUUCUGAAGUCAAUGGGUGGGAAGCAGCCUGCCACAAUAAUGACCGAUGAAGAUGCAGCCAUGGCAGCUGCAAUUCCAUUGGUGUUAACGCAAUCCCGACAUCGCUUAUGCACCUGGCAUAUUGACGAGAAUUCAAAAAAGCACAUUCAGUAUCUUCGGAUAAUGCCCGGUUUCAUCAAUCUUUUUCAUUUGGUUUUGAGAUCAACGGACACAAUAUCGGAAUUCGAUUUUUAUUGGAAAAAGUGA